AUCGCCUCUCGCAAAAUGGCCAAAAUGGUGCUCUACUGCUGGCUGCCCAUCCUCUUCUGCCAAAUUUGGGAACUGCACGCACUCAGUCUGACUGCACUCAGCAAACAGAGCAGUAUCUUUUAUCAGGGCAUGCAAGAGGACAUGGUCCUGGAGCAAGUGGAUCAGUUGACAAGUGUGGACUCCGUCAAACUAAUUGUGCACGGAUUUCUCGGCUCUCGCAGUCACAACUCCAUAAUGCCGCUACGAAAUGCUUACAUGGCGCAGGGCUUUGAGAAUAUUAUGAUUGCUGACUGGUCGCCAGCUGCCAAUUUGGAUUAUGCUAGUUCUCGUCGUGCUGUGGCCACGGUCGCUAUGGUGCUUGCCAAGGAGCUCGAGCAGUUUCUCUCCCGGCACAACGUCUCACACGAGGCGGUCCAUAUCAUUGGCCAUAGUCUUGGCGCGCACAUCGCUGGUCGCAUUGGAAACUACUUUAAUGGGAGUUUGGGUCGGGUGACGGGUUUGGAUCCAGCGUUGCCUCUCUUUACGCCCCGCUCCGGGGAUGGAUUGCUGCCGAAUGCUGCUCGCUUUGUGGAUGUCAUCCACACGGAUUAUCCGCUCUUUGGCGAUCUAACACCUCGUGGAACUGUCGAUUUCUAUGCCAACUUUGGCCACGCACCGCAGCCGGGCUGUGAGGAGGUGGAUCUGCUGGUGGCCAGUAAGCUCAUUCUCGAGGCUUAUAGUUGCAGUCACAAUCGCGCUGUGCUCUUCUAUGCGGAGUCCAUUGGAAUGCCAAAGAAUUUUCCGGCUAUUGGCUGCGGUUGGAGGGCGAUCAAAAGCAAAAGCAGCUGCUCGAAGGGAAUGUCCGUGUCCGUUGCCAAUAUGAAUGAUGACCAUGUAGUUUAUAUGGGCGAGCAGGUGACGCACAGCGCCACCUCGUUUUACUAUUUGGAAACGAAUGCAGAGCCACCUUUUGGCCAAGGCAUAACCGCCAAGUUUGUCUAAACGCCAUACAAAUGAGACCUAGGGAGUAGUUUACAAAAAAUUUAGCAAUAGGUGGCGCACAAAUAUUAUAUAUCAAACAGCUUUUGGUUCACAGCAAAACCCAACAAAUGCUGGCUGGCAAAAGUCUAAUGUGUUGAAGUAAGAAAUUUGGAGAUGUAGAAAGCUUAGCUUAGACUAAUUUGACUUAAGGCAUAUGGAGCGUACAAAUAUAAAAAUAUUCAAAAAAUAUGUGAAAUUAA